AUGGAGAAGGUGGAGUCCAAGAUGGUUAGAGUUGAGCUUGAGAUGUAUGAAAAGCUCAAAGAGACGAUCAACUUGGAGAUGGAAAGAGUUGCACAGAAGAAGAAACAGAAGCUAAAGAUUGCGACGAUGGCUAUGGUUAUUGCAGGAGCAAUCGUAGGAAUAUGGAAUUCUCUUACUGUCUUAGCAAGUUCUAGUUAUUGGUUGUUUGUUGUUUGA